UUUGGAGGGGGGGAAAGCCCCACGAAUGGUACGUGUGGCAGUAUUGGAGAAUUGCAGACCCCAGCACCUCCACAGCAGGUGAAAUGUGAACCGCAAGAGGGGCUGCAGGAACGGUGGGACGCCCAGUGGCAGGAGUUCCUGCGGACGCUGCAGGCCCCUCGCUCAGGAUGGGGGAACACGCAGGCGCCUGAGGAGCCCAGGCCCUGGGACGACGCCAAGGCUUUCCUAGCCUCCUUCGAGCAAGUGGCAUCGGUGUGCCGGUGGCCUCGGGACAAGUGGGUGGCCCUCCUCCUGCCGGCCCUCAAUGGAGAAGCCGAGCAGGCCUUCAGCGGCCUCAGUGUCCUUGACAGAGGAGACUAUGAGAAGGUGAAGGCGGCCAUCUUGGAAGGGGAGGCCAUCUUGCGGGAGAGGCAGCGGCAGCACUUCCGGCAGUUCUGCUACCAGGCCACGGAGGGGCCGAGGGGCGUCCACGGCCGACUGCGGGAACUGUGCUGCCGGUGGCUGAGAGCCGAGAGGCACUCGAAGGAGGAGAUCCUGGAGCUGCUGAUCCUGGAGCAGUUCCUGACCGUCCUGCCCCAGGAAAUGCAGGGCUGGGUGAGGGAACGGGGCCCGGAGUCCUGCGCCCAGGCCGUGCUCCUGGCCGAGGAGUUCCUGGUGAAGCAGAAGGAGGCCGUAUGGCUGGAUGAGGAGGUUCUGGUGUUACAGUCUUUGGAUGCAGCUUCCUCCGAGGUAACCCAGGUUCGGCGUCCAGAUUCCUGGAGAAGACAACUCUGCAAGGAGGAGCAAGGUGAAGAAGAAAGCUCGUUGGGAGAGAAGAAGCUCCUUGAGGCUAAGGAAGCAAAUCUUCGGCAGGAAUGCCCAGCAGAAGUGGAAUCAAGAAGCACAUGGCUAGGGGGAAGCAAUAUUUCCCAGUAUCAUGAAGCAGAAACAAGGCACGGGAGAUGGCAGGGGACGGAGAGCGAACAGGCAGCCAGCCUAGACAAGAGGACAGAGAAAGCCCUUCCCAGCGGGGAAAGUAAAUUUGAUCAGGCAGGGGCUGUAGCGCCCCGAGAAAUCCAGCUUUCCAGAAGAAACUUCAGUUGGGGCUCAGACCUCAGCACACCCAUGAGAUCCAGACCAGGAAAGGCAGGGCACAAAUGCUCCGAGUGCGGGAAAGGUUUCCCUUAUAAGGGCGCUCUCAAGAAACACGAGAGAGUCCACACUGGGGAGAAGCCGUACAAGUGCUCCGUGUGCGAGAAGAGCUUUGCCAGCAGCUCCAACCUGGCGGCGCACAAGAACAGCCACAAAGGCGUGAGACCGUACAAGUGCGCCGUGUGCGAGCGGCGCUUCAGCCGCAGAGGCAUCCUGGUGCGGCACGAGCAAAUCCACACGGGCAGGAUGCCCUACCAGUGCUCGUGGUGUCUGAAAGGGUUCACGGACAGCUCCAACCUGGUGGCCCAUGAGAGGAUUCACAACGGCGAGAGACCAUUUCAGUGCUCGGAGUGUGGAAAGAGCUUCAAUCAGAAAGGGAACCUCAUGAUACACGAGAGGAUCCACACCGGAGAGAGACCGUUUGCGUGCAGGGAAUGUGGGAAAAGUUUCAGUCAGAAGGGAAACCUAGCUAAACAUGAAAAAAUGCACACUGGAGAGAAACAGUAUACGUGUGUAUAACAGCUUGCCACUUUUAUGGAACAAUACUGAUGGCUAAGAUACUGUGGAGUUAUUGGUAUUAACUUUUAAGGCCCUGAACAGUUUGGGACCGGAUAACUGCCUUCACCUUCUAUAACCCUGUCCAUAAUCUAAGAGCUGCUCCAUACAAGCAAUUUAUUGCAUGCUCGUGAUUGCACAGACGUUUGCAGGUCCUUUUCAUGACGUUGCCAACAUUCAGUGCCUCUCCUUCUGUUUUCAAGCAGGAAUCCACCAUUUUUUAAAACUCUGAAAAUGCAGUAAUAAGCGCUAUA